AUGUCUACGCAUCAUUCCGGUUCUACUACUACGCUUACUAUCACAAUCUUGUCUAUUCUCGAGGAGUUGCUUCAAACUGUCGGUUCAUUAUCAGGUACCAUAAUCCCCCAACAGCGCAUUAGAGUGAAGAAAGAGUCAGCCAUAACGGAGGUUGAUUCUAAACCACAUAAUAAUGAGUCGAACUCGGAUGUGGUAGCUCAGCAGCAACACCUGCAGCUGCCUUUGCCUGAGUUCACCAUCUUCUAUCGCAAUAUCUAUACAGGGGUAUGCUUUGACGGGUUUGACUUGGCCAUCUAUCGUUCUGGACGGAAAUCCCUUCGAGAUAAUCUGAGAAGGAGGCUGUUCAAGAAGGAUGUUGAAGAGGAUACAUACGAGCUGCCUCUAUCGGUAUUAGAAGGAGGCGUGGCAGACUCGGAUGCCAGCAGCUUUGCUGGCAGCCUUGGAGGGUCCUCGUUAGCUGUACCGGUUGAUGACCCUCUGCAACCCCUUAGAGGGUCCAUCUGUGAGAUCAGGGUGACACUGACGGGGGUUCUAGCAGCCUCCCAUAUAGAGGUGGAAGCCUCUGACAAAUGUGUGCGUAUUCGUCAUGAGCCCCCCUUUGAGGGACAUCGGAAGUAUCGCCCUUUGAUCAUCUGGUUCCCCACACCCUUCUUGGGAGGAGUACAGAAGUGUGAGUUCGACGGCAAGAUGCUGAACAUCGAUAUUGCUGUUGACAAGAUGCAGCCGGAGACCAUCUUGGAAUGUGAUACUGAGGAGGAAGAAGGAGAUACCCUGAAGGCCUCUGCUGCAUGCGAAGAUGACUCGUUGAGGGAGCCUAUGGGGGCGGGUAUUGGUAUCAGUUGGUGGAUGAGCGCAUUGUCCUCCUUACCUCCUCUCUCGGCCUCUGUCGGUGCUGAUCCUGGCCCAACUACUGCUACGGAGGCAUUCAAGUUUACAUUCAGAGACAAGAAGGGAAAGCUGAAAUGGCGGCAGGUUUGCCGGCCGGAUGUGGUGGAGAGUAUCGUCUCAAAGGGCGAUGUUGGCCGCCUUCAGGAGGUCCUCGAGGAGGUUGCCUUUGCUAGUGUCUCCUCUGACGACCUUCAGACGGUAGCUGACGAACAAAUACUGGUGUUGAUUAACCUCCUCCAACUCGGUCUGGAGUUCACCCUUUCGAUGUAUAGUCAGAGCUAUCACAUCACGGAACAGCUCAUGGGGAGGGUUGCUGAGCUCACUGCUACGAAGAAGAAGUUGAAACACAGACUUAUCGCUGUAGCCAGCGAGGGAGGUUCUGUUCAUCACCCGAGAGGGAUCCCUUGUGGCGACUGCGAGAAAAGGUUUGAGGACGGUCACUUCCUAACGGAACACGUCAAGAGGCGUCACGCCCUCACAAACACGAUCGUCCAUGAGGCGGAGAAGGAGAAUGCGAUGAUGCCCAUGCAACAGCAGGCUGUGGGAGAGGAGCUACUACGUCGCUACUUGGCAGAGUUAAGCACUAAGGUUGACCAGUUGGUUGCCCAACGGGAGGCAGCUUACCCUCGGGAAGCGCAGAUGCCUGCAGCCCCCGUCUUGUCCGAGUCAGUUGUGGAACGGCUGAAGACUGAAUCCCGCCUUCAAACGGCCUCCCUUCGAGAGGAUAUCGAGGUGUGCAUCAAAGAGAUGGUGUCAGAGAAGAUGCAGCGGAGUUUGGGUGAGCUCGCUGAUGAGAUAGACCGGAAGUUGGGGACGUUGGAUGAGAAGCAGAAGACGGCGACCCAGCGUCAUGAGGAAUGGAUUGCCUCGAAUCUCCAACGUGCGGUAUCUCGUGCGGUGAGCUUGGUACCGAUACCAACAAGUGGGGAAGGACCUCCUGCCACGUACGCUGGGGAGUUGGAGGAUGAUUAUGAUGACGGGGAGGGUGACUCAAAAAGAGGCAUCAACGAGGCGAUAGCUAGUAGUGAUGAGGUCGACGCGAGCCAGGAGGCCGGUUACCUUGAAAAUGAGAUAGCAGAACUGAGGCGGCGGAGGGAGGAGGAGGGAUUGGCCCGAAGGAUGAGUAUUGAGAGGAGGGAGAACAUCAUAGCAGAGAUGCAUGACAUGUUCAAGUCUGUGGUCACUGAUUCGGUGAUGGGGAAGAUGCUGUUGGAGAACCCUACCCCUAAGCUGACAGUAGAGGCUGCUUGUCAGCCGUCACCUGAGGGGAGUAUGGUAGUACCUGGUGUUACUGAGGUACAGCUGGCCCGAGUAGGGGAGACUACUGUUCAGAAUGAGCUUCGGUCCUUCGUGGAGUCUCUCCCUACUAGUCAGAGGGCUGGGCUGCUCAUCCAAGGGGCGAUGGAAGGUAUUGUGAGGAGGAGUGCCGGCGCCGGCGUUCCUCCCCAGCACGGUAUCAUGACCAGCCCGAGAGGCGGUCCACAGAAGGCCAUCAGGAGGGAGGGGAGGAGAUUAGGGUUGAUGCAGCGCACAGUUAAUCAGGAGGAAGGAGAAGAUAGCGUUAUUGAGGUCAUGCCGAUGUCUCCACCGAGGUCGGACGAGGAAUCCGAAGUUCUACCGAUCCAUCACGUUGUUGCUGAGAGGAGCCUCCCUAGUAGAAGGGUAGAAGCCGUUGAAGUGAACAAUUCUGUAGAGUCGUUGCCUGGACUAUAUCUGACCUUGGAUGAGGCCUCUGCAGAUGGGGAACCUCUAGGCCAAGCUUUCAUCCCAUCGGGGUGUGAAACCUUGACGAGCAUCUGCGACCGCAAAUGCACAGCGACUAAUCUCUGGUCGUUCACACACUACAUCGCCUACGUUAGUAUUGAGUGUGAGAACACCGAGGCGAACAGUGCUGCGAGCAACUCUUCUACCAUAUCGGUAGCCUAUAACUUCUUGGCUCGAAGUCCGUGGGACCUCCCAGAAGAUCCUCCCUCUAGUACCUAUGUCGUUGUUGGCGCUACAACCAAACCGGCCAGGGUUGGUCCCCCGACUAGCAUCACCACCUCGAGGCUCCAUGGUAGCGACGUGCUUGUGAGAUGGACCCCUAGUAACAGAUCAGCUAGCAACUGUGAUUUCCACUCGUGGCUGGUCGUAGCCUUUUACGGCUCGCGAGAGGUCGCAUCGUCCCCCGGCUGCACGGUGGAGGAGUUGCCAAUAUACGACAGGUCUCGUACGGAAUGCACAGUCGUGAUUGAGCAAUGCAACAGUGUGGUCGAAUUCGUGGUUCGAGAGCUGUGCAUCCUUGCAGACGCCGAUUCUCUUCCUUCGAGGAGAUCAUUCCCUCUGCGAAUUGAAGAUACCACCGACUGUCUGGAGAGGGUUGAUCCUCCCACUUCGGUGGCCGCAACGACCCCUACUGUUACGACACUACGCUUGACGUGGGUCGGAAGUCAUUACGGAUGCUUUCCAGGAGGGCUGCCCACUACACAACGUAACCUUCUACGCUUUUGGCAAAUACGAGGGAGGCGCAUUGGCUCCGCCUCGUAUGAAGCUGUCGCCUGCCGCGAUGAUAACGACCAUAUACAUUUGGAGGAUAUAAUAAUACCGAGCACGAGGGCGAACUCAUACUCUUGUACGGUCAUCGACCUUAAUGCUGAUACUCGUUAUUCCUUCGUAGUGAAGGAGUUAUGUGCUGAUGCGGCCGAAAGAGCUGAUAGCGUCCUCAGUGAACCGUCGAUGCCCCUCGCGACGCUGCCGGUCUUACGAACGAAAUGGAGGGUAGAAAUCGGCCCUCCUCUGGGGAGCGACCGGAAAGCGGAGAUUUCGAUACGCAGCUUGAUCGUCUUCAUCGACGCCAACUGCACGUCGGUCGAGCGCAACAUCACUGGUAUUGCUACUGGCAUAGUGGAGGGGUAUGUUGAGAUCAAAUUCGAUACACCUACCAACAUAACCUGUGUGAGAGUUGAACACAAUGCCAAGGAGGACUUCAGCGUUUCAUUGAAGUAUUUCGACCCACCCAUUGGGCAGUUUGCAGUGCACUAUGUAUUCAACAACCUUCAAGGAGGAGGAACUGCACCCGAUUGGAAAAUGACCGAUAAGUUGCCGUAUCCAGUCUGUAGCAGCGCUGAGGCUGUCUGUUCCACGUACAUGAAAUGUACAAUAAGAGGACCGCAGUGCUCUUGGCAGCAUCAAGGGGACCGCAUCAUCCCUCUCGCCUUAUCCGCAUUCUCUCGAAAUCCACCGCACUUGUGCCAUGAGGAUCUCAUUAUGCGUGCAAAGGCAACCGUCACAGGAUUUCCCGCGCCCUCCAAAGAUGAUACAGAGGACUCGGCACUACUUGGGGUCAGUCGAGCGGGCAACAUCACUUCCGACGGCCAACUCAUUUUCGGCUUUGGUGAUACCCCCAUCACUGCUAAGCCGGGACUUUAUCAACUGUGUAAAUGCGAUAUGAAGUCGGGUCCGAACGGUUGCCCCAUUACCAUAAAGGGCUUGCUAAGAGAGGGUUGGCCCAGGAAUCCGUAUAUGAUCCCUGCUGGCGCUCUGGUAGUCAACGGGCCCCUUGCACGGUCUAGGGUGUUCACCGUCAUCAGAGGGCAGCGAUUUAAGAUUGAGCUUUUGGGUUACGGACUGUCUCCUGACGACCGAAUUUUGGUAGCGACCGACGAGUGCGGUUUGGGUGUUGCGGUCAGAGCCUUCUCCGAUUCUGAUAGCAUUGGGGAGCCUCACAACACCUCUUUGGUCGAUACAGAGGGCUCCUCCUACCAGCAGAGACAAGAGUACUACUGGCCUGGCCGUGUACAGUCUUACCCUGGCGCCUACCAACUGGGACAGCCGCUGUCUUUGGAAGGGAUAGGAGGUCAGGGCCUCUCUCAAGCAGCCGACCACGUCCUCAUCGACACGAUCUGCGGCCACGAUGGCAGCCCGGCGAUCCGAGGUCUGCCUAAUGCUGGCCGAUCCAUUGCCGCGUCCAAUAAUGGAAGUGCCUUCAUAUUCGAUCCUAUACUGGCAGUUACUGCCGAGGUCGGGUCGUACGCUCUAUGUUGGUGUCGAGAGGUUAAUCCUCCCUCCUGCAUGACCAACGGGGACUUUGCAGCAGUCCUUGGCCGGCUGGCCAUCAUUGGACCCGAUGCUCGUCUCAAUGAGGACCACUUUGGCUACCGCGGCCGGAGUCUUUUUAUCGACCUGAGGGGCCAAGGACUCCACCCGGAUGGCAGUGACAGCAUUUUGUUCAGACCAGAUGAUAAGGAUUAUGAAGGAUGUCUACGUGGCACAGAUGUCAACGUCCAAACAGGAUUCGCCCCUAUAGGGUAUACAUUGAGGUCUCUGCCGUAUGCUGACCAACAGAAGGUCAUCCGGACUGACAUCGAGGUAUUCUACCACGGCUUCAUUGAAGCAUCGCCAGGCACUUACCAUAUGUGCUGGUCAACAACUACGACAAUGGACCGGCUUCUGAAUCAAGGAGCUGCAUCGCCUUCGAAUAUGCUCAUGUCAAGAUUCUAUCGAGCUGAUGCUGGCACCUUCAAGGUCCGAGGACCGUAUCCAAAUCAGGUCGUUGCGUGUGCAUAUGGCAGCGACGAAUGCCUCAUUGAAUCCUUACGAGGUAUCGAUCUCAAUGAGGGUGAUAGGAUCAGAGUUAUCAGCCGUUAUGGCACUACCAAUGCUGCUCGAGAUCUUCCUGAGGGAUACAGUGCCUGUCCUGGAAGCCCGGAUACGGAUGGGAGGCCUUCAUGCAGUCUAGUGACGGACUACCGAGCUGUUGCCGGCACAUUGAUAGUAGCCGAGCCGUUGGGAUGCAACGAGCAGGACGAACAUGAUGAUGAUUGUUCUCUAAAAAUUCCACGUUCGCUGGUCACGGCCGAGGGCUUGGCGAUACUUAGGAUUGACUCCUUGGACUGUGGUGACUUCACCGUCGAAGAUGAAGAGAACGUGCUUGGCAUCCUACAGACAUCUCAGAUGAGGGCAGAGGCUUCCUCGACCAAUACCCUAUCCUUCACAUGGCGAAAUGCUUUUCUCUCGUCGGCCGGUGAUCUGAAUGCUUCCAGCCUUACCAAAGGGACUUUCAAGCUCUGCCAGAUAGUCGAUGGUGUUCUUCGGGAGCUUACUGUCGUCUAUGGCCGGAUGAGUCCCAUCGGGAAAAUGACGUUCGGUUACGGAGGACAGCCUAUGAUGGCCUCGCCGAUCCCUCAAGAGCUCAGAGUCUUCACCCUCUGCCCCCAAUCCAGCCGUUGGGACCGAUCUACUAGGACUUGUGACUGUCAGCCGGGUUACUAUCCCCUGCCAGAGGCUUCCUCAAGCAGGCCUGCAGACCACGUAUGUGAGCCUUGUCCAGUCGGAUUCUAUUGCCCAGGGAAAGGGAGGAAGCUGCUCUGUGCAGCCGGCUUCACAACUGAUGGGAAGGGAACACGCAACAUCGAGGGCUGUAUGUGCUCCCCUGGGCGGUUCCUCGAUGGAGACACUUCGACGUGUCGACCUUGUCCUAGGGGUUCCUAUAAGACGGAGGUGGCCAACCUGACAACGUGCCCUCGUGGGUGCUUCAAUGCCCGAGGCCUCGUCGAACCUAUCCCGGGGGCGACAUCUGAUCUCGGGGGUACAGGCCCUUUAGACUGUCGAUGCGAGGAAGGGUACAUCCUCAGCUAUGCAGGAGGCCGAGAGGUCGACCUCAAGGAAGAGCCUCUUACCUGCAUCAGUUGUCCAUUAGGUAUGAUCUGCCGGAGUGGUGGUACGAUGGAAGCUAGGAUCCCUAUGACUGUCAGCUAUCUACUCUCUGGAAUGGAUGACCCCGAUGUGAUUGGUAACAGCGAUGGCACCAGCAUGGCCUCUGGAAGGGUUAUGAGCGUCUUGUCCGAUCUGUUGUGCCGGCUGCCUCCUGCAGUGCGAGAUGUUGAAGGCAACACGUGCAUCGUGGAGGGAGUGUCGGCUGCAUUGCCACGUCGCCUCUUGGCUAUCGAUACUGCACUGGAUGACCGUCGCCGGCUCCAGCUUGACGAGGCUGUGACGGGCGUUGAGAUCACCGCAAGGAUGGUUGUAUCAGCUAGGGCGGCAGCGGCCGUCGAGGCAGCCUCUGUCGGCGAAGUUGAGGAGAUAGUAGGGAGGCUACGAGAAGCUCCGGAAGAGGUCUUCGAAGGUCUUGAGGGCAUAACAGAUUGCGUAUGUGGUCCUGGUUGGGCACCGCUGGGGUUGACCUCCACCUCUCUGUGUGAACGCUGUGGCUUUAAUUCUUAUAAGGCCGGAGUGUUCAAUACACCAAACAACACCUGUACGCCUUGCAGUGUUAUCAGCAAGAGGAUGGUCACUCGUAUUGAUACGGCGCCUGCACCAGGCUACUGUGUAUGCCGUCCUGGAUACUAUUGGGACUCGGAUCGUGCUGCUUGCACUCCGUGUCCACAAGGAAGCAUCUGCACCGAGCACCCGCUCAACGCUAACCCUCCCCCGCUGGCAAUACGUGUGCUAGCUCGUUGGUACGGGCCUACUCUCGAUCACCAGUGGCAUCAGGAGAUAUCGCGGCACCCGACUAGAAUACCGUGCCCUUCUGGAAUGACUAGUCUCGGUACCAUCGAGGACCGUGGUGGUGAUGGUGAUCCUGCACAAGUAUAUACGACAAGUGAUGCUUCCAUGCUUGAAUCAUGUGAAUGUGCCCCUGGGCGUAAGGAGGUUCCUGUGGAAGCAGUGCUAUUGGAGGGAGGGCAACGGAAGAGCAGUAAAUAUUACAAGUUGAGGGUGGACCGAACUGUCCUCGGAGGCCCUUUGGGAGAUGGAUCGAUAUCUAGCCCUUGGUGGGCUCAAGGCUAUAUAGAGCUCCUCGGUUGGACUCCAUAUUACUGUAAGACAUCCAUCACUCCCUGUGCGUACGACUGGUCGACUAUGGGUCUGUGGACAUAUGACAGAGUUAAGGAUGCCCUAGGGAGAGCAACCUCGGUUAGUGACCUUCGACUCCCGCUUCUACUACAUCUCGGCUCGGGUGUAUAUAACGAGACGUCGGCAAAUGGCACUUUUGAUGCUCGGAUGGGAGGGGAGAGGGUGGCAGCUGUUGUGGUCAACAGUAGGAGUAGAGUCUGUGAGAAGUGCGGAAGUGGUAAGAUCAAGCUUGAUAUCGGCAACACCGAAACGUGUAUAGAAUCGUGCCCACUUAAUAGUGAAUCGAAUCCAGGGGCUAUAUCUGGGAAGGACUGUUAUUGCUCACGGGGGAGCUAUAGGGACGUUGUAACGGAGAUGUUACUUACUGGUGACUACACCGAGAGAUCAACGCUUGUUUGCAAGCCUUGUUCGAGCCUUGUACCAGGGAGGCCUGAGGUAGCCGAGUGCCCUGGUCAGGAGCUCCCAAUAUCUAUGUCGGACUACUACAUAGUCCCUCAACGAGUGGCUAGUGGCGGAAUCUUCGGCGCUAAGAAAACAACUCCUUACGGUUUGGACAACACCAUCGCGCGGCGAUAUCGAAGUCCCGUGGUGGAAGCAUGCGUGGUGGAGGAGGAUUCGGAGAUCCCCUCAAUAUCGCCUCCCACGACCUGUAAAGCCCAUGGGCAAUGUCUUGAAGGCAUGCGAGGGUUCAUGUGUGGGGCGUGCACUAGUGGAUAUUGGAGAGAUGAUGUCGAGAAGAGUUGCGAGGCAUGCGACACCUCCUGGUGGGCUCAAGCUCUCUACUAUCUCAAUAUACCAUGGUCCUUGUUGAUUGAUAGUGCUCAAGCUGUCAUCAUUGCUAAGUUCACGGCUGAUGCUGCUGAUGACGAGAGCCGCCCUAUACACUCUGUCAUUAUCAAGAUCCUCGGCAACUACUUUAUUGCUAUCACCCCACUGGGCCGAUUCGACUUCUCAAAGUUGAACCGUUACUCGAGAAACCCAGGCAUGUCGACUGAGGUGAACAUACCAACCUGGAGUCGGUCAUUCUUCCGUAAGCUGAUCGCUAUAAAGGACAUUGUGCCCGAGAUAAAAGUAGAGAGCUCUAUAAUGUGCAUCUUCCCAGAGGCUCCUCGACAACAUAUAGUUGAAGCUUCUCUCUGGCUGAUAUCACCGCUUUUUAAGAUUAUUUUCCUCACCAUAGUUUGUGGUAUUUUGAUAUCGAUGAGGAAGCAUCUUUGGAGCAUCUUUAUGUUUAUCAGAGGACUUCGUGUGAAGCGAGAUAGAACGAUCAAGAUCGUUUCCAGGAAGAUCCGUCGAGGCCUUACGCAUCGCAGGUCUUCCACUUCAAGCUUUAGUACCCGUCGUUCCUCAACGGCUAGUAUAGUACCCGAGAGUCUAUACGAUAUUGAUGUCAGUAGUGAUGAGAGCAGUAUCAAUGAGGCCCUACCAGGGAAGGAGGAGGAGUUAGCAGUAUCACCUCUGGGGGAGGGCAGGCAACUUGGGAUAUGGCGCACUGAUUACCCGAUCAAAGCCGAAUCACGCACUCGUAGAGCAGUCCGUAUUCUCUGUGGCUUUUUGAGUGACAGCACUCCGGUAUACCUCGUUGCUGCAUUCUACUCCUGGCAGAAGGUCACGGAGAAGAUGCUACUACUGCUACAAUGCAACUCAUUCGGCGACACUGUACGUGGUGAAUAUGUGGAUAAGCUACGAUGGAUGACCGAUCCUGAUGUCAUCUGCUUUGAUGGCCAUCCUCAUUCAGCAUUGGUCUCUGUAGCUGUAUUGGGACUAAUUACGUGGACGUUUGGUUUCGUCUUCUUGUCUAUGGUAUUGUUAUUUAACAAUCGCAAAGUGCUCAUGGAAGACUCCUGUCUACGAAAGUACGGCUUCCUCUAUCUCGGAUUCGAGAUACGUUGCUGGUACUGGGAGAGCGUGAAAAGGGUCCAAGCUUUCUUGUAUGGCCUCAUAACUAACAUAUCUCUUGGUGAUAUGAAGGUAAAGUUGGUAUGUUAUGCUGUCCUGUCGGGUGUGUCCUGUCUAUUACAUGUUGCUGUCAUGCCUUAUGAUGAUCGAGAGAAGGGCCUUCUGGACGCGCUAGAGGCCAAGUCCCUGUUCUCAAUCUUCAUCACUCAUAUCACCAUACAGUUGGUCCUCAUGUUCGACCUCGCAGAUGAAGUGGUGGUCUUCAUGAUACUACUCUGUGGACUUAUGAACGGUGCCUUCAUAGUGCACGCAAUAUACCACUUACUAAAAGAGUAUGCGUUCUAUUAUGUCCGUAACCGGGAGAAACGGGCAGCGGAGCUGGAGGAGGCCAGAAAGGAAAGAACGAGACGGAAGGCCAUCAAAGAGGUGGCACAUGGUGUCAGUCAAGUAUCAAGGAUGUCUGUGGAAGCUCAGAUCAAGCGUGAUCGGAAGAUGACCCGCAAACGUCUUGACCGGUUUCUUUCACUUGGUGGGACGUUGGAUGAGAGCACAAUACGGGACCCACAAGAUGACUCAGCGACGUGA